UCAAAUGAUUAUGAGCCACAUAUGUGGCAAUGGAUGCUCUACGGUUGAGAGAUAGCUCCAAAUCAUCUAUAACUGGAUCUGUUUGAUUCUUGCUAACCCUCAUGACCAUGGUCGAAAUGUUCUUUAUCUAUAUAAUGCUCAUGUAACCCAAAUGUAUGAAAUUAGGGUCGUGUUAUGCUGCCGUUGAACUUGGCUACUGAGGACGGACCCAUAUACGUAAAUGCCAGGCAGUACAAUGGAAUCAUUAGGCGUCGGCGAUACCGUGCAAAGGCUGCACUUGAGACUAAAGUGACUAAAGCUCGGAAGCCAUAUUUGCACUACUCGCGCCAUCUGCACGCAGUGCGUCAUCCAAGGGGAAAUGGAGGCCUUUUCUUGAACACAAAAAGUUCAAACACGGGCAAAGAUGGAAUGCAGAUGAUGAAAGCUAAUGAAGGGCAACUUUCUCGGCUUACAGGCUCACAAAUUUCUCAAGUCCUACAGUCUGACAGUGGAACCAUCAACUCGUACAAGGAACCAAAUGGAGGAGGCUCAACAUUUUCAGGGUCAGAGAGGUGAGCAGCAGCAUGUAUUCCAGGGGGGAUCUCAGCAAGUGGGUUGCAAUAGCAGAUAAGUAUUGUUGCAACCUGAAAAUUUGAUUCUAGGGGGAUUAGUGGGGAUUCGGUUUCCCACUUUCCCUGCAGCAACCAAAGGGAUCAGGUUUCGGUUGCUAGGCAAAUCAUUC